AUGGGAGAUCGCGAUAGGGAUAUCGAGGAGGGGAACGAGGCGCUUGACCCUGAGCUGCUCUACACCAAGGAGUACUGUAUCGGCGGAGGAAGCUUUGGCAAGGUCUACAAGGGAGUCGACAAGCGCACCGGUCAUGCGGUAGCCAUCAAGAUCAUCGACAUUGAGAGCGCCGAGGACGAGGUCGAAGACAUUAUCCAGGAAAUCGCCAUCCUGUCCGAGCUGCAGUCUCCCUACGUUACGAAAUAUUACGGCUCCUACGCCAAGGGGGCAGAGCUAUGGAUUGUCAUGGAGUUUUGCUCAGGCGGGAGCUGCGCAGACCUCAUGAAGCCUGGUCUAAUAGGCGAAGACUACAUUGCCAUUGUCAUUCGUGAGCUGCUGCUGGGUCUCGACUACUUGCACACAGACAAGAAGCUGCAUCGCGAUGUCAAAGCCGCCAAUGUGCUACUCAGCUCCAACGGGCAGGUCAAGCUUGCCGACUUUGGCGUCUCGGGACAGCUCUCGGCCACCAUGACCAAGAAGAAUACUUUUGUCGGCACCCCUUUCUGGAUGGCCCCCGAGGUCAUCAAGCAAUCAGGCUACGAUCAUAAAGCUGAUGUCUGGUCUCUUGGAAUUACUGCGCUAGAGCUUGCCAACGGCGAGCCUCCCUAUGCAGACAUUCACCCCAUGAAGGUGUUGUUUCUAAUUCCCAAGAACCCUCCACCGCGGCUGGAAGGAAACUUUACAAAAGCAUUCAAAGAUUUUGUUGAGGUGUGUCUGCAGAGGGAUCCCAAGGAUAGACCCACAGCCAAGGAUCUGCUGAAGCAUCCCUUUAUACGCCGCGCAAAAAAGACGAGCUACCUGACCGAGCUCAUCGAGCGCCACAGCCGAUGGGCCGCGACGCACAAGGGCGACGAUGAUGAGAGCGAUCAGGGGGGCGAAGAGUACUACGAGCGCCAGCAGGUCGACGAAGACAUGUGGGACUUUGGCACAGUGAGGCUCGUGGGAGAUCGUGGAGGUGUUAUUCCUCGUCCAGGCCUUGGUGCCCUGGAUGAGUCUGCCACCAAUGCCAGGGCGGCGAGGUCUACGGAGAGCACCGACGACUAUGGCGAGCAUUCUCGAGACAGUAGCCCGACCAAAAUUCGCGACUUCAGCCGCGACCUUGCCAUUGCUUCGGAUACCCUCAAGGCAGCCAGUGCCAACACGGGAACCUCUCGACAGGCCUCGCCACAACGGAAGCCAGUGCCGACAACCACACCCCAUUCGCCAGCCAAGGUGCCUCUUCCAAUGUCGCCAGAGAAGCUGCAAAGAGGGGGUCCUGAGACGCCGCGGCCCAUCUCUCGAUUGAUUCCACCUGCUGUCCCUGUUAGUCAAUCUCCGGACUACGACCGCGAACUGCAGGUUCAGUUGCAGAAGGACAUGGGCUUGAUGAGUCUAGGCCCUGUGAUCCAACCCGCCGACCUGCAGCAUGUUCAGGAUACGACACCGCCGCGACCCCCUCUUCAUGGGCCCCGGCCCAAUAACAAGUUUACCCCGAUCACUCUUCCAGAAAUCCCGCCGUACCGCGGCAGCCCGCAGGCGCAACAGGCGCCGAUGAGGAUACCGAGCCAAUCUCCGAACGGGCAAUAUCGCCAACCGUCUGGCCAGGCGCCACCUCCUCCGCCGUCCAAGGCAUACGCGCUGCCGUCAAAGACGCAGACGCCUACUCCUGAACCCGCGGCUCCCUCGUCUUUUCCCCCGCCAGCGCCGUCUAACCCUAAUGGAGAGCUCGACGCUUUAAAUGAUGUUAUUUUCCCUGCACUCGAGGAGGCGCUAAAGAGAAGGCAGAUUAGACUGCAACAGGCUUUCCGACCCCAACAGGGUUCGUCGAGCCCCGUGGCCAUGAACCAGGUGACUCCCAAGCAGCAGCGAGCAGAGGCGGCUCACGAGAAGCUGCGGAAACUUGUAUAUAAGCUCGCUCAUGUGUGCAAAGAGAUUGACCACUAUGACAAGGCGGAGCCUGUGGGUAUGGGCAGGGACGUUGGCACCUUCCUGGAGGGGCUUUUGGAGGAAAUUCUCGUCAGGGUUGAACCCCUCGAUGAGGAGGAUGUUGCGGCGUGA